AUGAUGGAUUAUAGUUUAGAUGAUGCGAUACUCCAAUACCGAAAAUUAUUUUAUUCAGUAGAUGAAAGGUCACCCAAAGAGUGCAUUAUUGAUGAUCUACUCGAUCAUAUUGAUAGAUGGACAUUGAAUUCAACGCCAGUUAUUAUUGAUUAUGGAGGUGGAUUUACCACAGAACAUUUACAUUUGAUACAAUAUGCGUUUCCUAAAUCUAUGAUUUAUUCAGUUGAUAUUCUAUACGAAAAGCUAGAUUUAUUGGUCUGUAACAUCAACGAAGACGAAACAAAAUGGUGUUUUAUACCUGUUUUUCCUCGUACAGGUGAUUUCAACCAGGAUAAACUGAUUGAACAUAUACGACAAGAGUUGAAGGGAUCAACAUCAGUUUGGAACGGUAUUGAAAUAUUUGAACUGAAGUUUUUUUCGAAAAUCGAUCAUUUGAAUAUUUAUGAUCCAUAUUCAGAAAUUCUUGAAUUGAAAGAAAUCAAUUUUAUUGAUACAACAGAAAAAUGUGAAAUUAUUCCAUGUUCUGUAUUUAUGGCUUAUUAUACUGGUGAGUUUACCCCAUACGUCAAGUCUCUGAAACCAGAAGGUUUGUUUGAUCCUAUUCAUACAAAAGUCGAUAUGGAUAAUGCUUACGGAGAACGAAGUCGCUCAAGAUAUAUCGAUAGAUGGAAUGGAACAACUACUACAAUCAAUAAUGGAAACACUAAAUGGAAUAAAGUUCAUACUCACUUAAAUAAGUUAAAAUCAAUAUUGCCUGACGAAACAACAAUUAUACCACCCGAAAGAAUACCAUUUACUGGUUGGCUCAAUAAUAACAUGAUUUCAAAACAUUUGAACGGACAACUUUCACGAAACACCACGAAGAGCAGUUUUGUCGAUCCAUUGGCAGACUCAUUUGGCAUCAAAGAAAACGUUUUAUCAUCUGUUGAAUGUUUAAAUUUAAACUCUUUUCUUGCUGAAAAUGGUAUUGAAUUUCUUACUUCUUCGAAUGUUCGACAGAUUAUUGAGCAACAUGUAGGAGGGUUUUGGAAAAACGAUGAUAUCAGUGAAGAAAAAUACCCAAAAAAUUUCGUUAAAGAUUGUCUUCGCGAGCUUUUAGGUUCAGUGAAGAACCUUCACAUUCAUAUUGAUUCUUAUCGAUCGUUGUUGUAUUCGUUUGAAUUUGUUCGACAACUAAAAUACGAAGAUCCAAAUCUUCACAUUGAAUUUUCUCUUACCGACAAAGUAGAAAAGCAGUCAUGUCAAUCAGCUGUAAUUUUAGCAUUUGAGUGUAAUAAAAAUUAUGUUCUGGUAUAUGUCAAACUUCAUGACUUUCUUGAACGCAUAACAAAAUGUAAGCCAUCGGAAGAUAUUCAACAGCUAAUAGAAACAUCUGUUGCUUUUACUUAUGAUAUGAGUCGUGGACAACAAGUUAAAUGGCACAAAAAUCUCUCCUUUAUUUAUGUAGCUGCUUAUCAAGAUUUCAUAAUUAAACAAGUUCAAGAUCGUUUGUCGAUUUUAGGAUUAGAAGAGAUGAAUUUCGUAUCGAAACAACUCGAACAUGUCAAUUCUGAUGAAUCGCAACAGUGUCAUACCAGUCAAGCAGUUAUUUGUUUUCAGUUUCAUGGAAUGCCAAGUCUUGAUUACAUGAAGUUACCAUUGAAGUCAGACCAACUCGAUCAAUGGAUUUUCAAUAAAGAUACGUGUAAAUUUACCGGACCCAUUAUGACUUUAUAUCCGAAUAAUUCAAAAUAUGAAAUAAAUGAGCACAUCAGUAUCACACCACGAACAUAUGUUGGUUCUGUUUAUAGUUCACUUUGUGAUGAUAUUGCAGUACUUUUUCAAUGGCGCAAUUCUUAA